CCAACAGUUAUCAGACAAACUGAUACAACAUGGCGGAGUUAAAGAAAGUCGCUUGUGAAGCGAUCGACAGGGUAGCUUCGGAACUAAACAAUAUCAGUCAGGAAUUAUGGAAGAAUCCAGAGAUGAACUUCAAAGAGCACCAUGCUCACACCAUACUGACUGAUUUCCUGGAGAAUCAAGGACUUCACGUGGAGAGGAAGUACAAACUCGACACGGCUUUCCGGGCCACAUUCGGUGACGAUAGCGCGGGUCCACAUGUGGCGGUGUUGUGUGAGUAUGACGCGCUGCCAGAGAUUGGUCACGCAUGUGGACACAACCUGAUAGCAGAACUGGGCGUGGCAGCCGGGGUUGGAAUCAAGGCUGCCAUGGAAACAUCCGGGCAACCUAUCGGCAAGUUGAUGGUGCUAGGAACUCCGGCAGAAGAAGGAGGUGGCGGGAAAAUCCUUCUCAUCGAUAAACAUGGAUUUGAUAAUAUUGACGUGGCGAUGAUGUCACAUCCGGCACCAGGAGAUGUUUUAAAGCCGCCCAUGCUUGCCCGUCAGAGGGUAACCGUGACGUAUAAGGGCAAGGCCAGUCAUGCCGCUGGCUUUCCGUGGGAGGGUAUCAACGCACUUGACGCGGCAGUCACGUGCUACCAGACCGUGUCUUGCAUGCGCCAACAGAUGAAACCGACAUGGAGAGUCCAUGGAAUCAUCACAAAAGGUGGAGUUAGGCCAAAUAUCAUACCGGAAGAGGCUUCAUUGGAAUAUUACAUCCGGGCACCAAAUAGGGCGGAGCUUAAUGUGUUGCGGGAGAAAAUCAUUGCUUGUUUUGAAAGUGCAGCAACCGCAACAGGAUGCAAGAUUGAGUACGACUUCUCAGAAAUGCCAUAUUUAAAUGUCAUCAGUAACAAAGCUCUGGCUUCGUCUUUCGAGACGAACGCCAAGGAACUGGGGCUAGAUUUCACGAAACAUGGAACGCCUACAGAAAAUGCUCCCUUGGGAUCAACCGAUAUGGGAAACGUGUCAUACGUUGUCCCUAGUAUCCACCCAUUCUUUUACAUUGGAACAGACGAGGUCAACCACACUAGGGGCUUCACUGGGGCUACAGGUGCCGCUGCCGCCCAGCCGUAUACCAUACUACAGGGGAAGGCAAUGGCGAUGACAGCAAUAGACGUCUUCACAAACAAAGAUCUUUUACAAAGAAUCAAAACUGAAUUCGACAACGAACCACAAAGAAAGGCUUAGUGCCGAAUGUCGUCUCGUUUUGGAAUAAACAUAUGCCUAGUCCGAAAAACUACAUAUAACUGAUUAAUUGUGCAUUUCGAUUUAUGUUAAACAGAUGAUUAUACAUAAUGUAAUUUUGACCUACGUUACCUCAACGCUUUGCUCGUUGACACAGAUAUUGCUCGUAACAGCUUUUCAUCAACCGUUGAGAUGAUUUUGAUUUUUCAGAUUCUCUGUCGGUAAAAGAAGUACAUUUAUAUCAAUCAUACAAUGUAAUUUAUACAUAAAAGGAAUUUUUGAUGACCUCGGAAACGUUUUCUUAAAUAUUUUUUUAUAUGUCAAUAUCAUUGCAAUCUGAAUGACAUAUACAUGUACAGUACAUGUAAAUUGUGGGUUAACAGCUCUCCGACUAAUAUGCUUACCUGUCAAGGGUUUCUUUACUAUAGAAAAUUACCUGUUUCUAUGUGAAUGUUUUAUAAUAGGCAUAAACAGAAUAUUCUAGAAUGAAGAAUAUAUGCAUGUCGACUGUAAGUAGGUUUGAACACAAAAGAAAGUGUUCCUGGUAUUUCAUCUUCCCGAGUACAAAGUCUUGAAUCAAUGCCUGUAACAUGUAUUACAUGUUGAGUACAUGUAUUAAUAAUUUAACACUUCAAACAUAGGCGUGUUGAAAAAAGUUCACAUACUCUGUAUUCAAGUUAUAUAUUAUAUAUAGUCUGUGUAUGUAAGUGUGUGUGUGUGAAAGUUGUCUUUGUUUUUUUCUUUAUCAUGUAAUUACUUUAUGUGGAAAAUCUGAAUAAAAAUGUCAAAAGUAAAAAAAAAAAAAAAAAAAAUUUACACUUUCAUGUUUAGUUCUUACAAUGCUUUUUUGUGUGAAAUCGCAAUGCAUGAUAUCUCUGGUGUCAUCAGUCAUCUUCUUUAAUCAUGGCCUUUUGGUUUCUAAAUAGAGCAACAAAAAUGUGUCCCAGAUUCCAUGAUAGUCAAGAUAUUUGAUGAGUACAGCUUUUUCUUGUUUCGUUUUAUUUACGGAUAAUUUAAGUUGUGUGUGUUAUCAUACAGUGGUCUAGAUGUUCUAGAUUUUAAACCUCUAAGCUGCAGAUAAAACAGAGCGACACAUUUCUGAUAAAAGAUAAUCUCAGUAUAACGCUGCUGUAGUAUUAUAUAAUCUACAAUACACUUAUAUCGUGUGUGGUGUUAUUGAAUAUUUGAGCUUGUCCUUAACACUCUGAUGGCAGAUUUUGUAAAUAAAUAAGUGGGCAUUAUUAAACAAA